CUGCCUGGAGGCUGGAAAACGCCUUCCAAAGUUUGAUUUGCAUGUCAUUUAAAAUGCAUGUAUGUAGUGAAGCAGUGUAUCCUCCAUUGUGUGCUACUCUUUUGUUAAGUAUAGUAAUUUGGAAGGCCAUUCAGCCUUUUCAGCUUUCAUAUGUGACUAAGAACAGCAGGAUGGAGUGGGGUUUGCCUCUACCCUUUCGUAUGGGUGCUUGAGAUUUUCUGGCUUUCAAGCGGACAGUUCUAAAAAUAAUCCAUUUGCUGGUCGAGUUCCAUAUUAAGUUCGGGCUCAAUUCACAAGGAACAAAAAGGCAGGAGACCUGCUGUUGUUACAGGGGUUUGGGGUAGGAUUGGGGUGAAACACGCUCUCUUCUUCCCCACGUUGCUUGGAGGAAUGGGGGAGCCGAAUGCAGAGGUCAAGGUGGUGAACGAAGAAACCGAGGCCAAGCCACAGCAGGCACAUAAAAAUGGAAAGAAGGCAGAGGUUGGAGGAGGAACCUCGUUUUUCACCUGGUUCAUGGUUUUGGCUCUCUUGGGCGUCUGGACCUCUGUAGCUGUGGUGUAUUUUGACCUUGUUGACUAUCAAGGUGUAAUUGCCAAAGCAAAGGACUUGCGCUAUAAUCUUUCAGAGGUAUUACAAGGUAAACUCGUGUCCUAUGAUGCUGAUGGUGAUGGAGACUUUGAUGUGGAAGAUGCUAAAGUACUACUAGGGCUGAAAGAUAAAUCCACUACUGAGACCAGUGAAUCAGUUGAGAGAACCCUUGCUGAACCUGUGGAAGAAGCUCCUGAAUCUAUCGUGGAGGAAGUAAUCCAAGCCACUAAAGUUAAAGAAGCAGCUCAGCCACCACCAGAACCAGAGACUGUGGAAGAGGAGCCUGUUCCUGUGGAAAAAGAACCUCUGGCAGUAGACGAAGAGCCCACUUCCGCAGAAGAUGAAGUAGCUGAGGAGGAACCAGAGGUUGAAGAGGAGCAAGAAGUUCCUGAGGAAGAACCAGAAGUUGUGGAGGAAGAGUCUGAGGUUACAGAGACUGUUCCAAUUGAGGAAGAGGCUUUUGAUGAGGCAGUGGAAGAGCCUGCAAAAGAGGAAGAGGUCAUACCAGUUGAAGAACCGGUUGAGGAAGCUGCUCCAGUGGAAGAAGCAGUAGAGGAGGCUGCAUCAGUGGAAGAAGCAGUAGAGGAGGCUGCAGCAGUAGAAGAUGCACCACUGGAAGAGGCAGUAGAAGAAGUAGAUGAAGUGGUUGCAUCGGUGGAAGAAGCAGUUGAGGAAUUGUUGGAGGAAGAGGCUGUACUAGUGCAAAAAGAUUCACCAGUGGAAGAGGCAAUAGAAGAAGUAGUAGAAGAGGAUGCACCAGUGGAAGAAACGGUAGAGGAAGCUGCACCAGUAGAAGAAGCUGUGGAGGAGGUUGUACCAGUAGAAGAAGCUGUUGAGGAGCUUGAACCAGUAGAAGAAGCUGUUGAGGAGCUUGAACCAGUAGAAGAAGCUGUUGAGGAGCUUGAACCAGUAGAAGAAGCUGUUGAGGAGCUUGAACCAGUAGAAGAAGCUGUUGAGGAGCUUGAACCAGUAGAAGAAGCUGUUGAGGAGCUUGAACCAGUAGAAGAAGCUGUUGAGGAGCUUGAACCGGUAGAAGAAGCAGUAGAGGAACCUGAAACAACAGAACCAGUGGAAGAAGUAGAAACACCUGAAGAGACAGUUGAGGAGUCAGUCUCUGCAGAAGAAACUGUAACAGAAGAGGAAGUUAUAAUAGAAGAAACAGAUGAGGAAGAUGAGGAAGUACAAGACUCCAUAUCGGAGGAAACAGAGCUUGAGGCAGAGGAUAUGGAAGAAGAGGAGGAUGCAGCUGCUGAAGAAGAGCAGCCUGAGGAGGACGAAGCAGAGGAAAUUAACCAAACAGAAGAACAAAUUGAAGUAGAGCCCACAGAAACAUAAAACAUUAGGCAGUAUGUAAGAUACGGAGAGGACCAGCACCACAUGGCAUUCCACUGGAAGUGUGCAGCUGCCAAUUCCCACCAUGGAGU